UGUCCUCUCCCUUAAGCGUGCUCUGCUUGUGCAAGCUCUCUGUGCGCAGGUUUUGUCAGGUUGUCGUCGUCUUGUUCCAACUCCCAGGUGGAACACAUUCUUAAGCUAUUCCAAUGGUGCCCAAUCAAGCUGAACCAUUACAAAGUGAUGCUUUAAUGUUUGGGUUUCCUGUUCUUUAGUAUCGGUGAUAUCCUACGUUUAAGUGACAUUGUGAAAUCCAGCCAGAGAUGAUGACCACGAAUCGAUCCCAAGCCAGAUCCUUCUUCUCCGACUUUGCCUCAGUGUCAGCAUCACCUAGCAGCUCGACCUACCCUGUGAUUGUUCCCAAUACAGUGCAAGUCCCAUAUAGACCGUCGAUAAAAGAUGGGGUUGUGAUCGCUUUUGUGAUGUGUCUAUGGCUUUAUUCGAUAAUGCUGAUGUACAGAGCUUGGAACCGUAUUCUGAACUUUUCCGGCGUUCAAUUCCGAUCGAACAGCUCCUCUGAGAAGGCCUCCGUUUUGUGGCGAUGGCUCAUGGAUCGGAUUCUGGCCUCGUCCCUUCACAAGGAGGGCGCCGCUUUGAACCCAGGGGUCUCAUCCCUGUCCAUGAACAACAAUCAAGAUUUGGAGCGCUCGGUCAAUGACCAAAGUCCAAAAGAGACGACCGAUAUAGCUCUGGUCGAGUUGACCUGCCUCCCUGUCGACACAGCACCAGAUCCCUUGAACGGAUUGCCACUCCCUAAAAGAGGUGGUCUCGACAAGUGUCUGUCCCAGGAUCACGAAAUGGGACGUCCUCCUUGGUCCAUCCAUCUCCAUCGGAGAAGUGAUACAUCUUCCGAGACAGAUUUAUGCCACGUCAACAAAAACGCCUCGUUCAAAACAACAAAGGGUGUCACUCAAACCCGCCCAAUCCCUAUAGUACGAUCAGGCCAGUCUCCGACGGACCAAUUGAGGUCCAUCCGGGCGAAUGACGAGGACGAUAUCUUGACUCUCGAGGAGGACGAGUUCUUUGUCAGUUCAAAGCUCGAUCUGAAGGCUUCCACUUCCUCUUUGGUGCCCCCGAGAUCCCAAGCAAGACAUCCCCGACCACCGUUUUUGAAAAUCAAAUCCCUGCCAGAGGAUGAAAGAAGUAGGAUAGCUCAGAUUCACGACACACGCGUGCAAUGCUCAGAAGUCGGAAUGAACGGUGCUCNAUUCGAUGACCAGCCUUUAUUGCUCGGAACUCAUUUGGUAGCCGUGCCACUAAUCUGUGGAUGA